AUGUCCUCUACGUACUGUUUUGUGCAUCUAGCAUGCUUAUUAACAAUGGUCCUCGCCUUUCCCUCAAACCUCCGUCGCGCGGCGUUUGAAGGAGAAACAAACUCCACUGCAAGCAUCGCCGACCAUGUAUUUGAUUAUAUCGUCUGUGGAGUAGCGAGUCGCCUGACCGAAGAUCCCAGCAUCAAAGUCCUCGUCGUUGAGGAAGGCUACGGCAAUUACGAAGAUCGACGAGUCCAUGACGUGCGGGCAUACGGCGAGGCUUUCAACGCCGAGCUGGAUCAKGGUCUUCGCUCAACGCCCGUUGAAUGGCAGAAAGGUUUGAAGCAACUCCUCGUAGCUGGAAAACUACUAGGAGGUAGUGGGAGCUUGAACGGAGCGAGUUGGACAAAGGGCCCGAAAUCACAGUAUAAUUUGCUGCCCGUACUGACAGGAGAUGAUUCGUGGGGAUGGAACGGUAUCGAAGAAUAUAUGAAGAAAGCUGAGCACUUCCACCCGCCCACCGACGAGCAACGCGACUUGAAGGGUGCUCGUUAUGAUCCAGCCUCUCAUGGCUACAAGGGACCAGUGCAAGUCGCUUUUGGAGCGUUCAUGUUUGGUGGCAGCCAACUUGCAGCUCUGGAGGCCAGUCAAAAGGUAUGGAAAGGUCUCACGAGGAAUAUGGACGCCGCUUCGGGAGUUUCCACAGGGGCCACGAUCAUCCCCAACAUGGUGUAUCCGGACGAAAGGCAGAACCGCUCUAGCCCCUUUACUGCUUAUGCGGAACAUCAAGUGCAUGAUCGGGCUAAUUAUGUGAUCUUGACUGGGCAUCGAGUGACKGAGAUUGUAUGGAAAGAUGGGAGCGACUCUGAUGGGAAGUUCGCUGCUUCAGGGGUACGGUUGCAAUCCGCACCAAAUGCGGCUGUGCACUUCGUUGCAGCGUCCCGCGAGGUUCUCGUCGCAGCUGGAUCUUUAGGCUCGCCCCAGCUCCUUGAAAUUUCUGGGGUUGGCAAUCCGGAUGUCCUCGCUGCUGCCGGGGUGAAGCUUCGACACGCGAUCCCUGGAAUUGGGAAGAAUAUGCAAGAACAGACCAAGAACACCGUGUCAUUUAAGGCUCGCGCAGAGGUCGACUUUGAAGGUACAGGCCCUCCUUCUGCUAUAGCUUUCCCAGCCGCAGCACAUAUUUUGGGUCCGGAACGGGCGAGCAAGGUGUACGACGAUACCAAAGCCAGCCUCCCAACGUUUGCUGCACAACUCGAAAAGUCCGGCCUCGUGACCUCUGCCAGCGGCACCGAGACCAUUCUGACUGCACAGCUAGAAAACCUUUUCAACGCUUCAGAUGUUGCAGCAGCUGAGAUUUUCUUCACGAUCACACCCGCUUCGAACAAAACUACCGGGCCUGAACAGGCAUAUGCAGGGAUUGAUAAUUGGAACCUCAUCGUCAUGUCGAGGGGGAACGUCCAUAUCAAUAGCCCCUCCACCUGGAAUCACCCUAUUGUUGAGCCAUCCUACUUGCUCCAUCCGCUGGAUCUUCUUCUCCAAACAGAGAUUAACAAGCAGUCUCGAGAAGUCUUCCGUACAGCGCCACUAUCCCAGUAUGUCGAAGGUGAGCACAUGCCCGGUCUGGGGAUUGUCCCAGACGGAGCUGAUCACAAGCAAUGGGAGGAUUGGGUCWAGAAGUCCUUCACCAGUGUGUGGCAUUACAUUGGAACCAUCUCCAUGAUGAAAGAAGAGCUUGGCGGCUGCGUCGACUCCAGACUGAAACUGUACGGGGUGAAGAAUGUACGCGUCGUGGAUGCAAGCGUUCUUCCCAUUCAACUGAGUGCGCACUUAAGCAGUUCGUUGUAUGGCAUUGCCGAGAAAGCUGCGGAUAUGAUCAAAGAGGAUCAAAGGAUAGGACAAGAUGUGCCAAUCGCGCAUCGUAAGAUGGAUUCGAGACAUACAUUGGAACACUGCGAGGCCAAAAACUGA